AUGGUAUCACAAAAUGACUCACGGGAUGGGGAUACUAUCGUAUCUAAAGAAAAGAGUAACUUUAUUAUUUCUCGAAGUGAGGUUGUUCUCACAUCUAAAUCAGAUGAUACCGGAGAAACCAAACAGUUACCUACUGAAAAUUCUCCAAAAGAGGACACUUACAUGUCUAAUAACGGAGUUAGUGCUAAAGUAUAUAUUAAAUCUAGUAUAUCUCUCGAGCAGAAAAAAGAACAAGGUUUAAUACAGGAGAUAUCAACAUCUAUUAAAGAUCAGAGCCAAGCCACCGAAAUUUCAGCAAACAAUUCGCCAAAAAUGUUCGCCAAAAAUCAUGUGACCAAAAAUUUAAUUCAGGAAAGUAGUGGGAAAGAUGAUGUUAUUUUGUUUUCUGCAUCAAAAAGUAAAGUACUACUAAAUUUAACAAGUUUGUACAAGAAAGCUUGUGAUGUGGAAAAGCAAGCGAUUAAAGUUAAUCAAGAUGAAAUUACAUGUUGGUAUUAG